UUAGGUGUUUGUGAUAAAAAGAAGCUCUAGCAUCCUCGGUAUUCGAAUAAUUGAAAGUGUAACAAUAGGAAGAUUGUAAAAUGGUUUAUCUACUUUGUUGUGUUUGUUAACCUAGCUAAAUAUGAUUUUUAGUUUGAUAUUGUGAGUUUGUUACAUACCAAAUAUAUAUUAUACGCGUAUUAAGUAUCCCGUUAUCCUCACGUGUGCACCAUCGUGUGUCGUAACCGAUUUUAGUCUCAUAAAUCAAUGAUUUUAUAAACGACCAAAAAUGCAAAGUGAACGUUUCGUCGUUAAAUAUAUAACAGUGAACAACUGCUUCGUCUAUUUAUCGGACACCUGGCUACGUAAAUUGGAAACUAAGGAAAAUGUGAUUGAAAUAGCACACAGAGAUAAGAUUUAUUAUAUGUCUUGCAACGUAAGACCGUAUGAGAACAAAAUGUUGUGCCUUAGCACAACGUUUGCAAGAAGUUUAAAUAUUGACGAAGGCGACGAAGUGUUUGUAUCGUUGGUAAAAGAUGUUCCAGUUUUGACAAAGAUUUAUGUUGCACCUUUAAGCGCGAAUGACAGAGAAAUUCUGGAACUGCAAAUAGAAAAAGUACAAUCGACACUGCUUAGUCAAAUUCGGGUAGUAGCCGUGACGCAGCCGAUAGUCGCGUGGGUUUCCAAAUUUUCUUCGGUAACGUUAAUCGUAGAUUCGCUCGAACCUCCCGUCAAGUGUGGAAGGCUCGAGCAAUUUUCAGAAAUCCACGUUGCGGAUACAAUAGCAAAGACAAAGAAUGAUACUUCAAUAAAGAAGAACCGCAGCGAGUCAUCCAGUAUCACAAACAAUUUGCUGUCUAUGUUCGGGAGGCUCUUACCAAGUCAGGAAAGUGAUACAAUUAGAACCCACGAACUUGUACAGAGCUUCCGUAACAGAAAAAAGCUUUUGGUGUAUCGCGUUCAUCCGAUGCCGAGAGCGAUCGUAGCCGGGGAAAACGCAUACGACGAAUACGCGCGUUGCCCUUACCACGUUUUCAUCCCAACGAAUCAAGUGCCAAAAUUCACUAACGAUUUCGCGGUUUAUCGAAUGAAAAAGAUCUCCGAGGACAAGCAACACGUGAACGUAAAUAGCACGAAUUUUCUCAUGAAGAACGAGUCGUCUGUUCCAAAGCUUUCCACGGAAUUGUUAGUAAGGGUGUUCCUAUUGGAACAUUUGCUGGAAAAGGCCUCCGCGUUAGAUAGGGAAUAUUUUAAUAUUAAUUCCGAUCACAGAAGCGUAUACGUAUCGGACAGUUUGAGGAUUAGUUUGGGUUUAAAAGUAGGCGCGAAAGUGAGUCUGCAAUUGGUGAACUCCUUUGAAAAAGUUGUUCCAUCGUCCAUCGAGUUAUUCUCGUGGAGAGAAUCGGUAUCCGUAGAAAAUUUCAAGAAUUACGUUAAAGCGCAUUCCGUUUACAAAGAAUUAUGGAUUAAUUCUCAGGCUGCCAUCGUCAUGGACGAUGGAAGUCUUUGUGUAGUAAAAAUUUCGCCAGAAAAUUAUACGUAUACUAUGAUCGAUGAGAAAGAUUUAGACAAAGUGAGACUGCACGCGCGAUCGGUCAAGGAGAAGAGCGAUUUGCGAGUGACUGAACAUUUAGAUCAAGAAUAUUCUCGUUUAGAAAAAAUAUCCACGAGACAUUUGAAGACUAUUUUAGCGGAUUGCCAGCUCGCGUUAGAUCUUAGUCUAGGUUUGCGAACACGAUUACCAUUCAAAUACGAUCCAGAGAAUAUUUUAAUCUCCGGAGAAGCUGGUUCGGGCAAGACUACCGUAUGCAAAAUAUUAAUAGAACAUUUGCGAAAUCCACCUUAUUUUGUACAUACACACAUGAUCGAUUGUAGAUCUUUAAAAGGAAAGAAGGCUGAGAUGUUGCAGAAAAUUGUUACCACUGCUUUAACCGAAUGUAUUUAUUAUCAGCCUUCAAUAUUGUUCUUGGACGAUAUAGAGUCGAUCACAAAUGCGUCGAUGAACGACGAAGAGAAAACGCCGGACGCUAUAAAUGCUGCCAGGCUCACGGAUAUGUUGAUUAAUACCGUGACGCAAUGCCAAGAAAUGUAUCGGGUAUCGAUGAUAGCCACGUGUACAAGCGUUCAUAGGAUAGGACAAAAAUUAAGACCUGCCAGAGGUUGCCAAUUUUUUAGAACCGUUCUCACGAUUCCUAAUCUCGAAAAGUCGGAUAGAAUGGAUGUUUUGCAAUUAAUGCUCGGGGACAAGUUGUACGUGCCUGGAGAUGUGAAUUGGGAUUACUAUGGAAACAAGACGGAGGGAUGGAUGAUCCAGGAUCUCGUAGACGUAGCCGAGAAAGCUGCGUUCGGUGCCUGGAAGCGUUGCGGAAAUACAAAGCCGCCGAUCGUGAUCGCCGAGGAGGAUCUCGCGGUCGCUCUGAAAAAUUGCACGCCGAUGUCUUUGCAAGGCGUGCAAUUGUACAAAGGCGUGGGUCACGUUUGGUCGGACAUAGGUGGCUUGGCCGAGGUGAAAAAAUCUCUAAUAGAAAUAUUACAAUGGCCAUUGAAAUAUCCCGAUGUGUUCAAAAAUGCGCCGGUCAAAUUGCAAAAUGGUGUUCUGUUGUACGGAAUGCCUGGAACGGGGAAAACGAUGCUUGCCAAAGCGAUAGCCAACGAGUGUGGCGUUAAUCUAAUUAGCGUCAAAGGUCCUGAAUUGCUGUCCAAAUAUAUCGGUGUUAGCGAGGAAUCCGUUAGAAAUGUAUUCGAACGAGCUCUUCGUGCCAAACCAAGUGUUCUCUUUUUUGACGAAUUUGAUAGUCUUGCUCCCAGACGAGGUCACGAUAGUACUGGAGUCACCGAUAGGGUAGUAAAUCAACUAUUAACACAAAUGGACGGGGUUGAAGAUAGGGAAGGUGUAGUGGUUGUGGCAGCUUCUUCGAGGCCGGAUUUAUUGGAUCCAGCACUUUUGAGACCCGGCCGUCUCGACAAAGCUUUAUACUGCCCGCUUCCAGGCGAAGAUGACAGGGAAGAAAUUUUAGCUGCUCUGUGCAAAACACAAAAAGUAAACACGGCAGAAUUAAAUUUAAAAGAAUUGGCGAAACUGACUUCGGGAUUCACGGGUGCAGAUCUCAACGCGGUCGUGACACAGGCCAGGUUAUCAGCUUACGAAGAUGCUGUCGCGAAUUCUUCGGACGGAAAGAUCGAGGCGGAGGAUAUUGAGGUCGUUCAGACGCAUCUAAUCGACUCCAUAAAAUCGACCCAUCCCUCCUUGUCUACCGUUGAAAAAGAGAAAUACAAAAGGAUCUACACAAGAUUUGCAAAAAAUGAUAAUUUCGUAGAAGAUAUGAUGAAGAAUCAGAAGGCUACUUUGGCAUGAAGGGAACCAAAUUUUCUUACUUAUGUACAGUAUGUACAUAAUGUAUGUAUUAGAGACAAAGAGAUAUUUUUUCAAUAAAAUAUUGUAUAUUUUA